CAGAUGGAACUCCCGCAGGGCUCCUCUGGCCAACGGACACGCCUAUCUGCCGUCCUCAGCCUGCUAUCACUCAGCCUCUCCACAACAUCCCUGCUCAGCAGCUACUGGUUUGUGGGCACACAGAAGGUGCCCAAGCCCGUGUGCGGGAAAGGUCUGGCAACCGAGUGCUUUGACGUGCCGGUGCCCGUGGAUGGCGGCGUCCCCAACGCAUCAUCCCAGGAGGUGGUGCAAUACAGCUGGGAGGCUGGGGAUGACCGGUUCACCUUCCUUACCUUCCGCAGUGGCAUGUGGCUAUCCUGUGAGGAAAUCAUGGAAGAACCAGGGGAGAGGUGCCGAAGUUUCCUUGAACUCACACCACCAACCGAGAGAGGUGAGAAAGGACUACUGGAAUUUGCCGCGUUGCAAGGCCCAUGUCACUCCGCUCUCCGAUUUGGAGGGAAGCGGUUGAUGGAGAAGCCCUUCCUCCCCCACCUCCCCCUGGGGCUCGUGGCAAAGAUCCUCUGGUUAUCACUGGGAGCCCAGAUCACCUACAUCGGACUUCAAUUCAUCAGCUUCCUCUUGCUACUAACAGACUUGCUCCUCACUGGGAACCCUGGCCGUGGGCUCAAGCUGAGCGCCUUUGCUGCCAUUUCGUCUGUUUUGUCAGGCCUUCUAGGGAUGGUAGCCCAUAUGAUGUACUCACAAGUCUUCCAAGCAACUGCCAACCUGGGGCCAGAAGACUGGAGACCACAUACUUGGAAUUAUGGCUGGGCCUUCUACACGGCCUGGGUCUCCUUCACCUGCUGCAUGGCAUCAGCUGUCACCACGUUCAACACCUACACCAGGAUGGUGCUGGAGUUCAAGUGCCGGCACAGUAAGAGCUUCAAAGAAAACCCGGGGUGCCUACCGCAUCACCACCAGUGUUUCCUUCAGCAGCUGUCGUGUGCAGCCCACCCGGGAGGGCCUUUGCCCAGCUACCACCAGUACCCCAAUCAGCCCCCCCACUCGGUCUCUGAAGGAGUUGACUUCUAUUCAGCGCUACAAAACAAGGGGUUUCAACAAGGGACCAGCCAGGAGCUAAAAGAAGCGACUGGGGCCGCUGUAGAGGAAGAACAGUGUUAG